AUGGGCGCCGCGGCUUCGCCGCAGCCGGAGGCCACCGCCAAAGCCGCGGUGCAGGUCUCGUUGGAGGACUUGGAGCUGCCGCCUCGGCGCGAGCGCGUGGCCCUGGCGCCCAGCGCCGCGCAGCUCCUCGCCGGCGGCUCGGGCGCCUCGGCCCCUUCCGGCGCGGGCGCGUCGGCGUUCGGGCCCAAGGUGGCGGAGGAGUUGCUGCCCGGGGCGGAGGCUAGGGGCCAGCGCGCCUUCGGGGAGGAUGGGCUCGUGGGCACCGAGAGGCAGCAGCUGCAGCUGUUGGCCUACUACGCCGAGCUCUGCGAGGACUUCCGGCAGUACCAACGCCAGACCCGCGAGGAGCUGCGGUGUGGGAGGAGGGCUCUGGGGCCUUGGACGUGGACGGCGCCCAGCUGGUGCUGCUCAGCGGCCCGCCGGGAACCGGGAAGACCAAGCACGCCGUCAGCUUCGCCCGGGCCCUGGGCCUGCCGCUCCUGGCUGUGA